GCUAGGUACUUCUGUUUUGUUUGAUCAGCCGUUUUACUGCCGUGUUACAGACACCGUUUGGAAACAAUUAAGUGGGUGCUAAGUACUUCUGUUUUGUUUGAUUUCCGUUUUACUGCCGUGUUACAGACACCGUUUGGAAACAAUUAAGCGGGUGCUAGGUGCUUCUGUUUGAUCGGCCGUUUUACUGCUGUGUUACAGACACCGUUUGGAAACAAUUAAGGUACUUCUGUUUUGUUUGAUUGGCCGUUUUACUGCUGUGCUACAGACACCGUUUGGAAACAAUUAAGGUACUUCUGUUUUGUUUGAUCGGCCGUUUUACUGCCGUGUUACAGACACUGUUUGGAAACAAUUAAGGUACUUCUGUUUUGUUUGAUUGGCCGUUUUACUGCAGUGCUACAGACACCGUUUGGAAACAAUUAAGCAGGUGCUAGGUACUUCUGUUUUGUUUGAUCGGCCGUUUUACUGCCGUGUUACAGACACAAAUUGGAAACAAUUAAGCUUUUAAAGAUGCGCUACCGCAAGACCGUCUUCCUCGCCGUCCUGGUGUCGGUGCUUCUGGUGCUGACCCUCAUCCACACGUGGACCAGCAGCCACGCGUACACCUCCGUCGAGGUCUGGCAGCGACCGGAACUUCUAGAGAGACACGACGACCGUGUCCCCGACCCGGACCCCGUUUUGAGGACCAUCCCCUUUCAUGUGCGCGACAGCGUGGCCAGCUUGUUGGCGCGUAACGGCUGCGUGUGCGAGAGUGAAGGCAUCAACCUACCCUUCCUCCAAAUGCUCACCACGCGGGUGGCGGCCAGGCCGCUGCACACCGCCUUCCAGCCCUCGGAGCUGGAGGAGGUGAAGAGGAGACGGGAGAAGGAGUUCAGGAGUCUCCAGAACAGGUUACACACACCUGCCGACUCGCUCAUUAUAGCCCAGGCCAACAAUCCUUGGCAGUACCCGACUCAGGGAUUGGAGGUGCGGCCUUUGAAGACAAUCAUCAUCCCAGGUUUGGCCUUACACCGUCUUCUUCCCAGUCAACUCUACUCUGUGAACCUCAGCGCCUCGCUGGGCACCCUGAACGUCGCCGCAGAAGUGGACGGCGUUGAAAUCCGAGGCGACGGCGAGACGCGCAUGUCGCUGUCCAGCGGCCUGCUGAGCAAACUCAACCGCCAGCUGCAGUUUGUCACCUACACCAACACGCUGUUCCACCCCGACACUGCAGACACAGUGCACUUGGAGACGGCGCACCAUGGAGCCAAGUUCACCAUCAAGGUGCGUCACGGUGUGACAUCCAAACUGUACAACACAGGACCUGAUGAAGGACCACAAGGAGAGUACAACAUCAGCACCUUGGUUACCAUAGCGACAAAAACUCUGCUGCGUUACGACAAGCUCCAAGCGUUAAUCGACAGCGUGAGGGAAUAUUAUCCCAGCGUCACCAUCGUCAUCGCUGAUGACAGCGAAGACCCCCAACCUGUCCGGGGGCCCAACAUCGAGCAUUACAUCAUGCCCUCUGGAAAGGGGUGGUUUGCUGGACGAAACCUGGCCGUUUCCCAGGUGACCAGCAAGUAUGUGCUGUGGGUGGACGAUGACUUCAUCUUCACCAGCAAGACCAAGGUGGAGAAACUUGUGGACGUUUUAGAGAAGACCACGUUGGACCUGGUGGGCGGGGCGGUGCGUGAGGUGACGGGCUACAGCAGCACCUACAGACACACCAUAUCUGUGGAAGGCGGGAAGGAAGAGGGCGACUGUUUGCACCUGAGGAGAGGCUUCCAUCACGUCAUCCAGGGCUUCCCCAACUGCGUGGUGACAGACGGCGUGAUUAAUUUCUUCCUGGCUCGCACUGACAAGGUGCGGCAGGUGGGCUUCGACCCGCGCCUCAGCAGGGUGGCUCACCUGGAGUUCUUCAUUGACGGCCUGGGCUCGCUCCACGUGGGCUCCUGUGACGACGUGGUGGUCGACCACGCCAGCAAGAUCAAGUUGCCCUGGGUGAGCCCAUCGCAGAGUGACAAGGCCUACGCCAAGUUCCGUUACGCCUCCGCCUCGCCAAACAAAUUUGGCACGCCGUACUUCAGGAACAGAUUCCAGUGCUUGACCAAAAGCUGAUUGGUUUGCUUCGGGCUCAGACUUGCCAAAGACAGAGAAGACCACAACCAAGCGGUAUCUUGCUCCUUUGAAACUCCACAAACACUACGACGAAGUCAACACAUAGAGAGGACAAUUGUGUAAAAGUCAUGGGAAUCUUGGGGUCCCUAAUAUUGUGACCACUCCUUUGGCUCUGAGGGUUUCAUUGCGUUGCUACCCUGUGAUAAUCAUCGAGGUCUGCAAGUCAAGUCUCUUCAGGAGCCUACUGGGCGCAGCCGUGCGUGCGUUAGUGCGUGUGCAUGUGAAAGCUGUCUUUAAAAUGCUGCCUUGGACAUUUUGGGACCAAAGACACGAGUGAACUGAGGAGUUAAAUGAAAUGUCCCCGCAUGAGGUUUUGUCCGUGGCCCCAUUUUAGUCUUAUUAUUAUAAUAAUAAUAAUAGUACUACAAAUGGAUGGAUGGAUAAUAAUAGCCCAGUGAGAAUUAAUAAUAAUUUUCAUUAAUAUUAUUUUUAUCCCAGUGAUAAUUACCAUUAAUUAUAAAUAUUAUCGAUAAUAAUACAAAUGAUUAAUAUUAUUAUUAUUACCCUGUGAUCAUUAUUAUUAGUAGUAGUAGUAGCAAUAAUUUAUUAAUAGCCCAGUGAGAAUUAUUAUUGAUUAUAAUAAAAAAAAAAAUUAAUUAUAAGUUUAUUUUUAUUAUGAUUAUUAAUAAUAAUAAUUCUAAGUUAAUGAUUAUUUGCAAAAAAAAAAUUGUUUCUCAGUUCGAACAUUAAAUAUAAGUUUAAAAGGAUUUGCAAAUUAUUGUAUUCUGUAUUAAUUAAUAAUAAUAAUAAUGAUUAUUAUUAGCCCAGUGAUAAUUACUAUGAUUAUAAAUAUCGAUAAUAAUAAUUCUAAUUAUUAUUGUUAUUACCCUGUUAUCAUUAUUAUUAGUAGUAGUAGUAGCAAUAAUUUAAAUAGCCCAGUGAGAAUUUUAGAUUAUAAUAAAAAUAAUUAUUAAUUAUAAGAUUAUUUUUAUUAUGAUUAUUAUUAAUAAUAAUAAUUCUAAGUUAAUGAUUUGCAAAAAAAAAUUAGUUUCUCAGUUCGAACAUUUAAAUAUAAGUUGAAAAGGAUUUGCAAAUCAUUGUAUUCUGUAUUAAUUAAUAAUAAUAAUUAUUAUUAUUAUUAACCCAGUGAUAAUUAUUAUUAAGUAUUAUUGUACUAGCCAGUAUAUUAUCCAUUCAUCCAUUUUCUACCGCUUGUCCCUAUUGAGGUCACGGGGGGUGCUCUCAUAUAGUAUAAUUAUAAUAUUAUUUUGAUUAUUAACAAUAAUAAUUAUUAUUAUUUGUAUUAAUAACCCAGUGAUAAUUAGUAUUAUUUAUUAUUGUACUAGCCAGUAUAUAAUAAUAUUUAUUAUUUUUAUUAGACUCCUGGAGGUCCCCCCCUCUAAUGGUAACAUCACCGGCCCACGUCCACACUCAGCAUGUUUACAUGCACCAAAAAAGUAAGACUUUAUUUAGUUGAAACUACUUUUUAAAACACGUAAAUGUGCAUGUUUAUUUUUACUUCAUAGUGUUGGGCAGAAAUGAGCUAAUUAAGGUUAUUAUUAGAUUAUUAUUACUGGAUAAUCAUGAUAAAACAUUAUUAUAAUUAUAUUAUCUAUCCCCCGUCUUUAAAAACUAGCGACGCCUCGGUUUCCAACUUUAAAUCGCGGUUCCUUGAACGCACCACAGUUGAAACUUAAAACAUAACUUUAUUCGAUGACUUUUAUCAUAUUUCUGUCUUUUUUCCAUCUCCUCAUCCGGGCUCCCAAAUGUUGGGGAGUGUGUGCUUAAAAAGGUGUGCUUUGAUGACGUCAGAAGCAACUUUGCGUCUCUCGCCAGUAAAUAUCUGAUUAAGGUGUUCUUUCAUACAAUGGCCUUUAGAGGGCGCACUUUUGUACAUUUCUCUAACACAAUAGAAAGUAGGCCAAUGUGUUGCAGCCAUCAACCCAGCAGAGGGCGCUGUCUCACACGCCUUUUCCAGCAGGAACAUUUAAAAUGGGUUUUAUAACAGAGAGAUGUAUAGGCUCAAAAAUGGGCAUUUUAAGGGUUUCUCUGGCCUGCUCCAUGAAGUUUGUUCGCCAUUGACUGGAGAUCUUGAAAUGAAACUGAAAAUAGCAAGAAUCUACUGUAUUGUUUGCUAAAUCUACUGUAUUGUUAGCUAAAAAAGUUGCAAGGGGCAGUAUUUUACUGCGAUGAUAGUGUUUGUUCAGGGUAAGAGACGAUUGUAUUGUUGUUCAUGUCAGCAAAAAUGUGUUUUGAAUUUGUAAAAGCUGAUUUCAAAGCUGCUUUUUCCGUUAUUUAUUUCCCAAUCCUACUCGACAGUGUUUGUUGUCCGAUAAAUGCAGAUUUGGAGUAUUAAAGUUACACUGAAAACUGUGAAAAAGAUUGUAUUGAAGUGAUUCAAGUUGUAUAACCACAGGAAUGACAUUGUAAUGAGAAAAUUUUAUGAAAAUUAGCAAUCAAUCAAUCAAUGUUUACUUAUAUCCACUGUAAAAAAAACUCCUAUUUUUAUGGUUAAUUUACUCAAAAUUUCUACUGUAAUUUUUCUAUUUUUAAAAAUUUUUUUUUUUUAUAAAACUAGAAUUGAAGACAUUAUCUGUAAAUAAACAAUCCGCCUGUUAUUUUAAGUAAUAUGCCAGUAAUGACCAACUAUAUUUCUAUUUUUUUUACAGAAAAAUACCAAAUUAAUUAUAAAUAGCAUUUUGUGCUUUCUUAAAUUACUUUCUAAUUCAUGUAAUAUUACGAUAUUUUUCCGUAAAACGUUUCAUGAACAUUUCUGUAAUUAUAAUGUUUUGGAUCAUUAUUUGGUUUACAAUGUUUUACUUGAAUUUUAUGGUUUUCGUUUGGCAGCCGUAGCUGCCAGUAGAAGACCGUUUUUUUAUAGAUUUUUUUUUUUUUUUUUUACAGUGUAGCCCUAAAUCACGAGUGUCUCAAAGGGCUCACAAGCCACAAAAUGACCCUCUAAAAAAACAAAAUACUAAUAUUUUGUGAAAAUAAUUUAAUCAUUACGAAGAUAAAAUAAAACAACAAAAAAAUAGCUUAUUAAUUUAUGAAAAAAUGGAAAUAACGUAGUAGCAUCGCGAAUAGGUAUUUUUAAGUAUGAAAAUUGUAAGGUUUGAAAACUGCAAUUUAUGACAGUAAAGAAACAUCUCAAAGAGGGGGAAAAAGUGGUUUAGGAAACAAAUUCCUGAAAAUGAAUCAAUAAAGUAGUAAAAUCAUGAGACAGAUUUUGUAAAACAUCACAAAAACUUUUAACUCGUUUAAUUUCAUGAAAGCAACAUUGUAUCCUGGGGGAAAAGCAGGAAUAUUGCAAGAAAAAAAUACAAACUUUAUAUUUUUUUGUAUGUGGGCUCUGUACCGAGGAUGUCGUUGUGGCUUGUGCCGCCCUUUGAGACACUUGUGAUUUAGGGCUAUAUAAAUAAACAUUGAUUGAUUGAUUGAUUGAAUGGGGGAAAAUUCGGUAAGGUUGUGAAAAAUGGUGAAAUUUUGUCUCUUUUAGCAAUUUAAUCUUUUUGGUCUUUUCAGUGUGGCACCAAAACUGAUAGAAACUGCUGGAGUAUUUUAGGGGGGGUCUAUAAGUGCUGACUUAUUCAAAUGUAUGUCUUUUGAAAUUUCAGUACUAAAACAAAGAAAACAUGUUUGUCAAGUGUGCUUGUGAAACUUUAAAAAUGUUUUUUUGGUUAGCUGAUGUGACCAGACCACACCCACUUUAUAAAAGUGUUACAACAAAACUGCAUUGGUGGCAAAUCAUUUAUAUUAUUAUUUUUAAAAAGUAUAACAAACCUGCAGAUGCGACAAAUCAUUUAUAUUAUUUAUUUAUAUAUUUACAAAAAGUAUACCAAUACAAUUGCAGCGGUGGCUAAUUUCUAAUUAUAA